UUCAAACUUGACAAGCCAGAUCAAAAAACGUCAACGUGACAACUGUUGGGAAUAAAAAGUCAGAUACAAAGCUGUUAUUUACGAUUUUAUAGAGAAGUUGAAUCGUGACCUCUAGUCGUAGUUUAUAGAAAUCAAAACAAUUUUAAACCCUUACACAUACAACUUUACGAGACAAAAUGAAACUGAUUACACGGUUUCUGUUUAUUUUUACAUGGACAAUAUUAUGCGUCUCUAUUGUUGAAGUUUUAUGUGAAAAUCAAAAAGAUAUAGUGAAAGACAUUAUCAAAGGAAAACACGACGACAAAUCUAGUGAGCAUGAGAAAGAAAGCUCUAAUGAAGGAUCAAUGUUCCACGCUUUGCGAAAGAAGAGUGGAAACUUAGGAUUUCUCCAUGCAUUUUUGGCUUCAUUAUCUGUGAUUCUUGUAUCAGAGAUUGGUGAUAAGACAUUUUUCAUAGCAGCUAUCAUGGCUAUGAGACAUUCCAGAACUAUUGUGUUUGCUGGUGCUAUAUCCUCUUUGUGGCUGAUGACUAUUUUAUCAGCUAUAAUGGGAUAUGCCACGACUAUUAUUCCACGUUGGUUUACAUAUUAUGCCUCCUCAGCAUUAUUUGCUGUGUUUGGUCUCAAGAUGAUUAAGGAAGGUUAUGAGAUGUCCCCUGAUGAAGGCCAAGAAGAAAUGGAUGAAGUGCAGGCAGACAUUAAAAAGCAAGAAGAGGAGUAUGAAAAAGAGCGUCUAGGAACCCAGGAUAUAGAGACUGGAGUUAUACGGACACCGGGUCGGAAGUGGUUCCACGCAUUAGUUGGAACUGUAUUUUUACAAUCAUUUACAUUAAACUUUUUAGCAGAAUGGGGUGAUAGAUCUCAAAUAGCAACAAUAGUCUUAGGUGCUCGAGAGAAUAUAGCCGGUGUAAUUAUAGGAGGGUGUAUAGGCCAUUUUAUUUGUACUGGAAUAGCUGUUUUAGGAGGAAGAAUGGUAGCUCAAAAAAUAUCUGUAAGAACAGUGACUCUGAUUGGUGGAGUUGUAUUUUUAAUAUUUGCUUUGUCAGCAUUUUUUGUGAUGCCAGAAUAAGAAGAGAUGAUUAGAGAUUAUUAUUUAUGUUUGUGAUAUUAAUAAUAAAACAUGUUAAUAUGGUCGUCUUUUACAUCUUAAUCAUGAUGUAUGUGUGUUACGAUAUUAUUAAUAAAACAUGUUAUUAUAUUCGUCCAUGAUGUACAUGUAUUAAGUAUGUUAACAAUUGUUACCAUUAGUAAUACCCAAAGCAUGAGUGACAGCAUAAGGUACAGUUAUCUUAAAUUGCAUAUUACAUUUUCACUUGUUUGUUUUCACAUGAGCUGAAGACAUUUGUGAAUUGGAUUAUCCAUAAACAUGAUAAAAAGAACAUACUUUAAAAAAAACCUCAUUCUUUAAUCAUUUGUUAAUCAUUCAACCAGUUUAACUAAAAAAUUGGCAACAAUCAACCAACAUGGUAACUGUAAUGAAGAAAUAAUGUGGACUAAAACACCAUUUAUCAUUUUAUCUACAGUUUCACAACCCAUGAAUAAAAAUGUUUGACAUGUUAAUACAUUGUAAAUGACCUUCAAUAUGUCUAUAGAAUAUUCCUUGCCAAAUGAAAAUAAAAUAACUUAAAUCUUGUAAAAUAAAUGUUUAUGCCUGUGUUAAUUAGUUUUUGACAAAAAGACCGGAAACUUUAAGUUAUUUUCUUGAUGGCCUUGACCUUGGACAUAUUCUUCCUCAUGACAAUUUUUACUGAACCAUGUCAAUUUGAGACCUACUUAUGUUGAAAUAGGCCCUUGCAGUCAUGUCAUAUUUUGUCCUUAUCUUUCUUCACUAGGCACAGCAUUUUAUUGAGUAUUGUUCUUCCUGCCAUUAUUUCUAGAAACUCUUUCGAGAUGUGAAUUAUAGUUUACCACAUAUUGAAAUCAAAGGGGAAUAAUCAGCCAUCAACAUGAAUUGGGUAGAUUACCAGCAUUAUGAUUGUGUUCUAUAUUGAAAAUGUCCAUAUGGAUAUGUUUUUAUUGAAACUGUUCAGAUUUUGGUUAAAUUCUUAUGGUAUUUUUUUUAA